GGAGCGGAGUAAAAUCGCCUCAUUGCUGAGCACUGCCAUGUCUCCUGCAUACUGAAGAGGACGGAGGGCUGGCGAGGCAGCUUUGCAGUGAUUCUGACUCUCUUAGAGACCAGAGCUGAACAGAAACAGCAGAUCUUCGGCUCGGAAAUCAUCACCAUCAUCAUCAUGCUGGUGGAUUUUGAGAAGCUGCGGAUGGCAGGCGCUGGAAAAGCCAUCGCUGUCCUCACCAGCGGUGGAGACGCACAAGGAAUGAAUGCAGCCGUUCGUGCCGUAACACGCAUGGGGAUUUAUGUUGGUGCCAAGGUCUAUCUGAUCUAUGAGGGUUAUCAAGGGCUUGUGGAUGGAGGUGAGAACAUCAAAAUCGCCAACUGGCAAAGUGUGACCAACAUUAUCCAGCUGGGUGGUACGGUGAUUGGCAGUGCCCGCUGUAAGGCUUUCACAACACGAGAGGGACGCCUGUCUGCUGCUUUUCACCUGGUCCAGAGGGGCAUCACUAACCUGUGUGUGUGUGGUGGAGAUGGCAGCCUCACCGGAGCGAACAUCUUCCGCAGCGAGUGGGCUGAGCUGCUGGCCCAGCUGGUGGAAGAAGGGAGAAUCACUGACACCCUGGCUCAGCAGUACACACACCUGAACAUUGUGGGCCUCGUUGGCUCCAUUGAUAACGAUUUCUGUGGCACAGACAUGACUAUCGGAGCUGACUCCGCCCUUCACCGAAUCAUGGAGGUCAUUGAUGCAAUCAGCACGACUGCACAGAGUCACCAGAGAACUUUUGUGCUGGAGGUGAUGGGACGCCAUUGCGGGUACUUGGCUGUGGUUUCUGCUCUGGCAUCUGGUGCUGACUGGGUCUUUAUACCUGAGGCUCCACCAGAGGAAGGGUGGGAAGACCAUAUGUGUGCUCGUCUGGGAGAGAGCCGCAGUAAGGGCUCUCGUCUGAAUAUUGUGAUCAUUGCAGAAGGAGCCAUCGAUAAGCACGGCCAGCCCAUAACCUCUAACUAUGUUAAGGAUCUGGUGGUGCAGAGACUGGGGUAUGACACCCGGGUCACUGUGCUUGGACAUGUGCAGAGGGGAGGAACACCGUCUGCCUUCGACAGGGUGCUGAGCAGUAAGUUGGGGGUCGAGGCAGUUGUAGCUCUGUUGGAGGCGACUCCAGAAACUCCAGCCUGUGUGAUCGGACUGUCUGGAAAUCAGGCCAUGCGCCUCCCUCUGAUGGAGUGUGUAAAUAUGACAAAGGAGGUCCAGAAAGCCAUGAAUGAGAAGCGUUUUGAUGAGGCCAUUCAGCUGCGUGGAAAGAGCUUUGAGAACAACUGGAACACCUACAAGCUUCUGGCUCAUCAGAAACCGGCUCAGUCAAAGAGCGAACACUCCAUGGCCAUCCUGAACGUGGGCGCUCCUGCAGCUGGGAUGAAUGCAGCAGUGAGGUCUGCGGUCAGAGUGGGUCUCGCCCAGGGUCUCCGAGUCUACACCGUUAACGAUGGCUUUGAAGGCCUGGCCAAAGAUAUGGUGACUGAGGUGCACUGGCAUGAUGUAGCAGGCUGGACCGGCCAGGGAGGAUCACUGCUAGGGACUAAACGAACACUCCCCAACUCUUGCAUGGAGAAAAUUGUGGAGACCCUGCGAAAGUACAAUAUCCAGUCCCUUCUGGCAAUCGGUGGAUUUGAGGCUUAUGAAGGAGUUCUGCAGCUGGUGGAGGCUCGAGGACGUUAUGAUGAACUCUGCAUUGUCAUGUGUGUGAUUCCUGCCACCAUUAGCAACAACGUGCCAGGAACCAACUUCAGCCUGGGAGCAGACACUGCUGUCAAUGCUGCUAUGGAGAGCUGUGACAAAAUCAAGCAAUCUGCGUCUGGCACCAAGAGGCGGGUUUUCAUCGUGGAGACAAUGGGGGGAUAUUGCGGUUACCUGGCAACUACCACAGGCAUUGCUGUUGGGGCAGAUGCAGCUUAUAUCUUUGAGGAACCGUUCAACAUCCAUGACUUAGAGAUGAACGUGGAGCAUUUGACUGAGAAGAUGAAGAAGGACAUUCAGCGGGGUUUGGUGCUGAGAAAUGAGAAGUGCCAUAAACACUACACCACAGACUUCAUCCACAACCUGUACUCUGCUGAGGGGAAGGGUAUCUUUGACUGCAGGGUUAAUAUACUGGGACACUUGCAGCAGGGUGGGGUCCCGACACCCUUCGACAGGAACUUUGGGACCAAAAUGGGUGUGAAGGCUGUUCAGUGGCUCACUGAGAAAAUGAGAGAGACUCAUAGACAAGGCCGUGUGUUUGCCAAUGCCCCGGAGACAGCAUGCGUUAUCGGCAUGAACAGGAAAGUGAUGUCCUUCAUCCCGGUCGCAGAGCUCAAGGAGCACACUGACUUUGAGCACAGGAUGCCGAAGGAGCAGUGGUGGAUAAACCUGCGGGUCAUGCUGAAAAUGCUGGCCAGGUACCAGACCCACUUUGAUGAGUAUGUGACCGGGGAUAUUGAGCACGUGACCCGGCGGACCCUCAGCAUUGAGACGGGAUUCUGAAGCCCUGAAACACAGAUUCCUCCACGAGAGGGAGCCAGAACUAACAAUCCUGCCAUCCCAAUACUGACUAAUACAGUAGAGCCAAAUACCUCUUUAACCUGCACAAUUCCUUCCAAUUCCUAUGACUUUUAAAGAUAAGAAACUUGAGCUUAACUCUGUAGUGUUUUCUGUGUUUUGAUGCAUGAAUUGAAUCUCUAAUGAAAUCUCUUCCCUUCUCAGUGCAGCAAAACUUAACACUCAAGUGUUUUUGUUUCUCUUAUUGACCUGUUUCUAGUGGGAAAUUGUUAGUGUAAUACUGUAUAAAAUGUUAGUGAACUGGUCCCUCUGUGCCUUUAUUGUACAUUUAGUGUUAAAUGCCAUUGUAGUACAUGUGCACACAGCAGAGUUUAUUGCGCAAUCCGUACUGGAGAUUAAAUGUGUAGUGUUUUAUGGUUUCUUUUCGAUCUACUGAUAACCCAUUCAUGAUAUGUCAUCUUUAUGUGUCCUGUAAUCCAAAUGCUGCAAAUGUGUUUAAAAGUAACAGAAAAUAACAUGUUUUGUUUAUGUGAAAUUAAUAUAUACCAAUGUGCACUAGAUGUACUUUCUAAAGGGACUAUCCAGUAUUUUUGAAGAGUGCUCUAAACCUCUGUAUACAUGUGAAUUUGUACGUUUGUAAGAGUAAUCUCUCUCCUGGUCUUGUAUAAUUAGUUGUUUGUUUGUAUUUUGAGGAUGAAAUUAACAAUAAUUGUAUAAACAAUUUCUAGAUUUUCUUCUAUCCGAGUUUUCCUGAUGAUCACUUGAACCAAUAUAUUCUUAUAGUAUUGUA